CGGGGGCGAGGCCGAUUCUGGUGAGUCGCUCCGCCCCGGCUUGGGCCUGCACCUGAAGCGGCCGGAGCCCGGGCGCUGAGUGCGGCUUCUUCUCCCGCCCGGCUCCCGGGUGGCGGUGGCCGACGGGAAGCCCGAGUGGGAUGCGGCUGACGCGGAAGCGGCUCUGCUCGUUUCUCAUCGCCCUGUACUGCCUCUUCUCCCUCUACGCCGCCUACCACGUCUUCUUCGGGCGCCGCCGCCGGGCGCCGGCCGCGUCUUCUCGGGGCCUAAGGAAGGGGGUGGCCCCGGCGCGGGAGAGGCGCGGCCGAGAACAAUCUACUUUGGGAAGUGAAGAAUGGAAUCCUUGGGAAGGAGAUGAAAAAAAUGAGCAACAACACAGAUUUAAAACUAGUCUUCAAAUAUUAAAUAAAUCCACAAAAGGGAAAACAGACUUCCAUGUACAAAUCUGGGGCAAAGCUGCCAUUGGUUUGUAUCUCUGGGAGCAUAUUUUUGAAGGCUUACUUGAUCCCACUGAUGUGACUGCCCAGUGGAGAGAAGGAAAUUCAGUUGUCGGAAGAACAUAUUACAGCUUUAUCACUGGCCCAGCUGUAGUCCCAGGGUAUUUUCCUGUUGAUGUGAAUAAUGUGGUACUCAUCCUAAAUGGAAGAGAAAAAGCGAAGGUCUUUUAUGCCACCCAGUGGUUACUUUAUGCACAAAAUUUAGUGCAAACUCAGAAACUCCAGCAUCUUGCAGUUGUGUUGCUUGGAAACGAACAUUGUCAUAAUGAAUGGAUAAGCCAGUUCCUCAAAAGAAAUGGAGGCUUUGUGGAGCUGCUUUUCAUAAUAUAUGACAGCCCCUGGAUUAACGACAUGGAUAUCUUUCAGUGGCCUUUAGGAGUGGCAACAUAUAGGAAUUUUCCUGUUGUGGAGGCAAGCUGGUCAAUGCUGCAUAAUGAAAGGCCCUACUUAUGUAAUUUCUUAGGAACCAUUUAUGAAAAUUCAUCCAGACAAGCACUAAUAAACAUUUUGAAACAAGAUGGGAAUGCUAAGCUUUGUUGGGUUUCAGCAAGAGAACAGUGGCAGCCUCAGGAAACAAAUGAAAGCCUUAAGAAUUAUCAAGAUGCUUUGCUUCAGAGUGACCUCACAUUGUGCCCAGUAGGAGUAAACACAGAAUGUUACAGAAUAUACGAGGCUUGCUCCUAUGGCUCUGUUCCUGUGGUAGAAGACAUAAUGACAGCUGGCAGCUGUGGAAAUAUGUCUGUUAACCAUAACGCUCCUCUGCAGCUACUCAAGUCCAUGGACGCUCCCUUUAUCUUUAUUAAGAACUGGAACGAACUUCCUGCUAUUUUAGAGAAAGAGAAAACUCUAAUUUUACAAGAAAAGAUUCAGAGAAGAAAAAUGUUACUUCACUGGUAUCAGCACUUCAAAACAGAGCUAAAAAUGAGAUUUACUAAUAUUUUAGAAAGUUCAUUUUUAAUGAAUAAUAAAGGGUAACUCUGAAUUAUC